AUGAAACAUCGAUUCCAUGAGAAUUGUAGUGUUGCCACUGGUGUCCUCCCAUCUCUUCUGCCCACUUGCUACACGACAUCGUCGCUGACACCGAAAUGGGUGACGGCCAUUGGCGUUGUGUCGUUUGAUUUGGAGCUUGGUCAGAUCUUGACGCACUUGUUUCCCCCGCUGCCGCUGUCGAUCCGACAAGAGACGGACUUGGCGUUUCUGUGCUUUCCAGACACAAACCAUACCGAGUAUGGUCACUCUUUGCACCACUUCAUAUUCCCCCUAAACAAAAAAGACUGUGACAACAUGCGAAGAACGGUUUUCCGUAUGCCACUUUCGACUGCGUUGAGUUCAGCUUCAAGAGAGAUGCCUCAGCCUUCCGUGUUGCACUGCAAAUUGUGUGAUGAAGAGUAUUUUUGCUCGUCUAUUUAUCUACAGCAACGAGACAUAAACAAUGAGCGUGGCACUCAACAAAAGGCUCUCGUUUUUAUUUCUCUCUAUGGGUUUCCCAAAAUAUUUGAAACAAUCCUUGAGAUGGUAUAUGGUCUUGUUUUGGACUCUUGUAAUGUGGCGGAAAAACUAGAGACUUUGUACAACGACAUUUGCUCUUGGCCUGCUCCGCUACCGACAAAGCUGUAUACGGGACUGCAUCUGUUGGGGAAGCCAAUUCAAAGUUUUAGGACACCAUACUAUACAAGAGAUCAAAUUGGUUUUCGUUGGCGCGAAGAUGGUCUUGGUCGAGAGGAAAAAUGUUUUUUGGCGCGGAUUCGUUUGUUAGAAGCCCUGGAAAAACCGUGUCCCGACCCCCCAACUAUUCAGCGUUGUCUGGCAAGUUGUGUGCUUGGUCCGUCAGCCAUCGAGGGUAUGGGCGAAUAUAUUGAGAAACAGUUGAGGCUUCCAUUAGACGUGCGUGCAUGGCGACCGUCCGAUGUCUUAGCAGUGAUUUUUGCCGUUCGUAUGCGCAAGUACGAAGAGGUGGAUGUCACGGCAUUUCCUGAGGGGAUUUUGGAUGAGGAUUCUGAAAACAUCAUGAAUGAUGAUGUGAGGCAUCUUGCGCGCCACUUUCCUCGCUUUUGUCAGGUAACACCCCAGGUUGCGGCCGUUCAGAAUCAGGAGCUUGGCUACUGCAGGCGGCUUGCAAAGCGUCUCCUUUUUGAACACAGGGAUUUUAUAGUGAAUGUUGAUGAAAGUGAUGCCCCGGCCAUGUUUUCUGAGUUUGAUGUCCAAGGAAUUCUCUUGCCACACCUGAAUCGUCUCUGGAAGUUGUGGGAAAUUCUUGUUACAGGCGAACCUCUGUGUAUCGUGGGUAGCAACUUGAGCCGCGUCUCAGCCGCUGGUUUCUGUUUGUAUUCCCUUUUGGCGCCACUUUCUUUGAGCGUUGUUCUUCGGCCGUAUUUGACGAUCAAUAACUCUGAAGUGGAUGGUCUUUUGCCCCGCGCGGGGCCUUUUUCGCCCGUACUUCUCGGCGCCACAAACCCGUUUUUUUUGCGUCACUGGAGCAGCUCGCCUCAUGUUCUUUGUCUGGGUGCCACGGGGAGUUACGAGCUUCAGACCCACAAAACGCUGCCACAUUCGAGUUUAAAGAAAAGCAAUUGUCAAUUUGACGUGAAAACAAACAUGUUUACAUCGAAACACUUUCUGGUACGAUCAGAAAAGCAUUUAUGGGACGAAUGCACGACGAACUACUUCUCCGUUGGGGUUUUGAAUUUACCGAUUGCGGCCAGAUCUGUCGCUGGUGCGACGUUAAACAUGGACCACAAUGAAUCGGUUCGAAAAACAUUUUUAAAAACCACAAAACAGUUUUUGUUGCCUCUGGAACGGGCUGUGGAAGUUGAAUUUGAGAAGAGUAUUCCCCUUUUCUUUUAUGGAGACUACGUUCCAUCCAGAGUUCAGAUUUUUAGCCUGUUGGAGCGCAGCAGCGAUUGCGACCUCCCGCUACAUAUUUUUAAGGGGCGUCGCGGCAUGCUCAAGGUCUAUUGGAGGUUUAUGAAUACAUCAACGUACAGCUGCUGGCUUCGACAGAGAGUUUUCUCCUUGAAGCGUGCUCUGCUGCUACGUUCAAAUUCAUUUGAAAAUGUCCUCCUCUUGGAGCCAGACACAUGCAGGCGUUAUGAGGUUUUUAUGAGCUUGCAAUACAUGCUGGACGCCGAAUUAAAGCGACCUCUUCUCGAUGUUUUGCUUUUAAAAAAACUGCUCUAUUUAACGAAGAGUUUUGCGAUUAUUCGCACUUGCCUAACUUCUGAUAACAAUGAUGAUGAAGGUGCCAGUUGUGGUUUUUAG